UCGAUCAUGGCUAGGAGACGAUUGUCUACGGCUCUGUGCAACAUGACCGAAAGCUUCAUCAGAAACCGUCUCCGGCGCCAGUUCUUGUUUGUGGGCGGCAUCGUGUCCGUCUUCUUCUUCCUGUACAUGUUCAGCCUCAACUCGCAGUGGCCGGCCUUCGCCAUCAUCCCCAGGUUCAACAGCUGCAACCUCACGGCCGGCUCGCACUCCGGGCUGCACAGGGUCUAUGACGAGUGGCCGCCCUUUGCCCUUAAACUCACUGAUCACGAGCUGUUCAAGACGACUUGCACGCCAGGAGCGGAGUUUACCAUUGCAGGUGUACCCGAUCUUCUACCUGUGUGGGCUAAAGCUGAAGCACAAGAAUGCAGGGACCUGUAUGAGAAGUUUGCCGCCAUCUACCUGAUAGAAAAACGUGUUGGCUCAGUCAAGAUACCUGGGACAUUUGUUUUCAAGGUGAAAGAAUGGCUGGGCAACAAAAAUGAGUUGUACGAGGAAUUGUUCCGUCAGAAUAUUAUCCACAUAAGCAAUAUGUACACAAGGGAAACUACUGUAUUUAACCCACUGAGAGACAAGAGGCCAGUGACAAAACCAAAAGAAUCUGAAGAAGAUUACUUGGAGAGGAUAACCAAAGAGUCUGCUGUUAACUGUGACUUCUGUAAAUAUAAAAACUACACAGCCGAGGAUGAGUUUGGCAGAGUGGAGUCAGAACUGUCUUUCACAGCCUCCAACAUAUUUAAGCUGGACCGCUUGCACGCUGUUGUGACCAUCAAGGACCACGACCCUGUCAACUGGAGUUAUGAUCAGUAUAUGGACAUGAUGAGGCUGACUAAUGUGUGGCUUGACAAAGCCUUUAGGAAUGAGCCAGACGCCAUGUUUCCAGCCAUCAUAUGGGAUCUUCUACCCAAGUCUGGCUCCAGCCAGCUCCACCCACAUGACCAGGUCUUCCUAAGUCCCAACAGAUAUCAAGGAAUGGUUGAGUCGUGGAGACGAGCAGCACAGGACUACUACAGCGACCUACACAGCAACUACUUCACAGAUUUGAUCACCAUCUACUCCGCCUUAGGGCUGGCUGUGCCAUUCAAGUCUGCUGUAGCUCUGGCCAGUCUGACUCCAAGGAAAGACAACGAGGUGGUUAUUAUCGCCCCUGAAGCAAGUGAUGACUUUUUUGAGCUAAUUUAUUAUGUGUUGCGUGGUUAUAUGGAUGAUCUAAAGAAAUAUUCUUUCUCUCUUGGGGGAGGCUACCCAGCAAUGGACAAAAAUUGUAAGAAUGGCCGUAUACCUGCCUUCGUACGCAUCAUCACCAGAGGGGUGAUGACGGAGAUUAGAACAGAUAUAAGUGCUCUAGAGCUGUUUACUGCAACCAAUGUCAACAUAGACCCGUACAAGGUCGUUGCUAAUAUCAAGGAAUCAAUAAAGAAGAGAGCGCCCAGAUAGAAUCUACCAGCUGAUUAGUCCUUUAACAAAAUAGUGGUUGUGUUCUCCAUUGCUUUCAUUCGUUUGUGUUGAUAAUAUUAACAAAUUCACAUUCCUGUAUGGCUAGACUGGUAAAAUGAUGUUUAGCCAUGGUUUUACUGUGCUUUAACCGUGGUUAAAUUGUGGUAAAGCCAUUGUUAAACACUAUAAAUGAUGUUCAAACUUUGCAAGUUUAAAAUUUUAGCAGCCACUGCAUUUUUUGCAGAAUUUAUCCCAUAGAAAAUCAUCCUUUUGGGGGAAAAAACAUCCUUUUGAAACAUCUUUAUGUAAAAAAACAUGGCUUCUUGUUUUAAAUAAGAAAAAUGUGUAUCUUCAAAAACAGAAUGUCAUCUUUCAUUUAUGGGUAUUAGAACAAUGACACUGCUAUUCUUUGAUCUCAGUGGUAGACUCUUCAAUAAAAAAAAUUAAAAAACAGAGGUAGAUAAACCAUUAGACAGCCUUACGAAAUCAUUCAUAUUUGUUCAUGACUUGUUGGUGACCAAGAGUUUAUGGUCCAUUGCUGCUUGAGAAAAAGAAACGCAGUCCUUUCUUGUAUCCUGGCUUGUUGUGUGUGAGACGACUUGACUGGGAUAUAUUAAACUGUAUAUAAACAUUGUAGAGAUCUGAGCUGUUUGUCUAGCGUAGAUUCAAGUCUUAGCAGCACAGAAUAAAGAUGUGGCUCGGAUGUUGGAUCAGCCUGGGAUACAGGAUCUCAUCCGACUCACCCUUACUAUGAUCUACAUUUGAGGUGUAUACUCAUUCCUAAAAGCUAUGCAAUCCACAAUUAGAUUCAGUCUUUGUCACUUUUGUAUAGAAAUUUUUUUUUUUUAAUAUUUGAUGAAAUACAAUGAAAUACUUAUCAUCUUUUUUGAAAGAUUACCAUUUCAGUGUGCCAUACUUGUGUUAGCUUUUGUAAAGCUACCAUGAUUAGUAACAUCUUGUAUAUAUAUUUUUAAUGCCAGGAUUGUUUUCUCUGUUUUUGAAACCAUUGUAUGGAAACACCUGUUUGGUUAUUGCAGUAAAAAUUAGGUUUUGUAUGCUGUCCUACCCAUAUCAGCCUGUGGACUCUGUGAUAUUUUUUGUCAUCUUCUCUAAGAUUUAACAUUAUUAUGUAUUAAGUUACAACAUUUUUUUUUUAAAUUUAUACCAAAAAAAAAUAUUCAUUGAUAUAUGAAUAUUAUUUAAAAAAUUAAAGAAAGAAAUUUUCAACAUUUGAAGUUGAACUUAUGCAUAGUCUGGUAGUUUUAUUUAUUAUGAUGAGUUAAAUGCAAUAUAAAUUAUCUUUCCCAUAAUUAUGUGUUAUUAGAAAUUGGGUUAUAUUUUUU